CCCCAACCCAUGUGUGCAGCAUAGACCCCCUAUUUAUAGAGCAUGGUGUGGCCUUGCAGCCUUGGGUGGAGCACAACCUUUCAUUUCGGGAACCACCCCUAGGAAAAGUUCCGGAGUGCACGUAGACUCGGAGCCGAGCAGAGCGCACGGUUUGAGUCGCGUGACAGAACCGGCAGAUCAAAUCCGAGGUAGGCCACGGCAGAGAGAGAGAGAGAGAGAGAGAGAGAGAGAGAGUGGACGACAGGUGAAGCCGGCUUCAGGGGCUUUCAGCUCGGGGGGCUUUCAGCUGGGCAGAAGGACACUCUGGGAGUUGACUGACACCGGACCCCAGACCCAUCAGAUUGAAUGCCAGGGCCUGUUGUUGAUGUUGGAAGACGCGUCUCAACGUAGGACAUGGCGUGCCACUUUUUGGACAAAGCCUAACCUGAACUGGGGGGAGAUACGGAGAAACGGAAGGCCCAAAGACUGCAGAGAGAGACUACAUUUUCAGGCUUUGCCGUAUGCUUGCUGUAUAGAAAGGACCAGGCUGGGUGGCUGGAUGUAAUUCGAGCUCCGCGGUAAUUACAAAGCACACAGAGGGAAAAUCUUUUACUGACAUUUGUAAUUAAGGGCCCGUCUAUAAACGGCAACUGGGGAAAGGGCGAGGUCUCUGCAGAGUUGGACGAGCAGGCCACAAGCCCUCCCGGACCGGAGAAGGAGGCCUUCCCCCUCGAGGGGAAUCCACUGCGCCCAAUCCCCGGCGGACGCCUGCUGCACCAGAGGCCAUGGACCACCAAGGCGGACACUACCUGAACAAGGCGGCGGUGCUCUCCCCGCUGGGCGCCGCCCGCAUGUGCCAGCUGUUCCUGGGCUGCAGCAUCAUGGCGCUGGUGUCCCACGGCGCGGGCUACAGCGCCAGCUACGGCGUCUUCUGCAUGUUCGUGUGGUGCUUCUGCUUCGCCGUCACCCUGGUGGCGUUCGCCCUGGACGUCACCCGGCUGCACAGCUGCAUGCCCAUCUCCUGGGACAACUUCACCGUGGCCUUCGCCAUGCUGGCCACGCUCAUGUACAUCACCGCCACCGUGGUCUACCCCGUGUACUUCCUGGAGAGCGAGUGCCCGGACGGGGACUGCGCCGCCUGGGGCUAUCGCAUCGCCGUCACGGUGUGCUCGGGUCUCUGCUGCUUCCCGUACGGCGCCGAGGUCAUCCUGACCCGGGCCAAGCCGGGCGCCGUGGUGGGCUACAUGGCCACGGUGUCGGGCCUGCUGAAGGUGGUGCAGGGCUACGUGGCCUGCAUCAUCUUCGGCGCGCUGGCCAACGACGAAGGCUACACCGAGUACGAGGCCACGCAGUACUGCGUGGUGGUGUACAGCCUGUGCUUCACCCUGACCCUGGUGGUGGUGGCGCUGACGGUGUCCGGGAGGACGGCCGCCCUGCCCUUCCCCUUCGACCGCUUCGUGGUGGUCUACACCUUCUUCGCCGUCAUCCUGUACCUGAGCACGGCGCUCAUCUGGCCCAUCUUCAGCUUCGACCAGAAGUACGGCACCAGCGCCCGGCCCGAGGACUGCCCGCGGGGGGUCUGCCCCUGGGACAGCAAGCUGGUGGUGGCUGUGUUCACCAACGUCAACAUGCUGCUGUACUUUGUGGACCUGGUGUACUCGCAGAGGAUACGCUUCGUGUCCCACUCUGCGGUCUGAGGAGCCGUGCGGGGAGACCGCUCGCUCAGGGGUGGGGUUCCUCGACCUCAGAAGAAGAAGAGGAAGAAGAAGAAGAAGAAGAAGAAGAAGAAGUGGAAGAAGUAGAUACACCGAACAGACUCACGGGCAGACGCGGGGUGAUCCCUAGGCAGAUCAAGUCGCUGCAAAGAUCCCCUAUCACCUUAGAAAGACAACCCUGCAGCACUUUGUGCGUGAUACUCUUUAUUCCUAUUUCCAAGUGUUCCACGUCAUUGUUCGAAUUAUUAUUAAAGGUGUGUAGGUUUGAUUUAAGAGUUGUAAAGAGAGAGAGAGAGCAGAAAAGAGCAGAAAAGAGCAAGAUUGUGAAACAAAACAACUGUCUGCUUCCUCCCUCACUACUUCCUCUGCCAUUGAGAAGCGUUGCAUUCACGCACCUCUGAUUGACAAACAAGACAGAGAAGAGAGGCCUUGAUUGGUGGGACUGGUCUAAAAUCUCAGUGGGCUCAUACAGAGGCAGACGCAGUCAACUCUUAACAGAUAUCAUCACUUCACAGAGCAUUUCACUCAUUAAUGACUGACCUGGGAGUGCGUCUUUAUA